UCGCAAGUCGUGGACGCGCCGCCGUGCCGGCAGGACAGAGCGACAGAGAGCGUCUCGCCCGUGCCGUGCGUGUGCACUCACAGUGUGCACUCCGAGUGCAGUGGAGGCACUGAGUGGCACUCCGUGUGCAGUGAGGUGCAGUGCGGUGCAGUGUACAGUGCAGUGUAACUUCCAGUGAAGGCAUGCGGCGCCGGUCGCAGCCCGCCGAGCCGCGAGUGACAUGAGGGUGCGGGUGCUGAGCCAAAGGCUUUGCCAAAGGCUUUGCCUGCUGCUGGCGCUGUGCGCUGCCCUGCCUUCGCCCCUUCCCCUCGCCGCGGCCUGUGGCCCCGGCCGGGGCGCCGGGCGACGCCGAGGCCCCCGCAAGCUGACGCCCCUCGUCUUCAAGCAGCACGUGCCCAACGUGUCGGAGAACACGCUCGCCGCCAGCGGGCUGACGGAGGGACGCGUCGCGCGGGACGACAAGCACUUCCAGGACCUGGUGCCCAACUACAACCCCGACAUCAUCUUCAAGGACGAGGAGGGCACCGGCGCGGACAGGCUCAUGACGCAGAGGUGCAAGGAGAAGCUCAACACGCUGGCCAUCUCCGUGAUGAACCAGUGGCCCGGCGUGCGGCUGCGCGUCACGGAGGGCUGGGACGAGGAGAACAUCCACGCCACCGACUCGCUGCACUACGAGGGCCGCGCCGUGGACGUGACCACGUCGGACCGCGACCGCUCCAAGUACGGCAUGCUGGCCAGGCUCGCCGUGGAGGCGGGCUUCGACUGGGUGUACUACGAGAGCCGCUCGCACAUCCACUGCUCCGUCAAGUCAGAAUCGUCCCAGGCGGCGCGGUCCGGCGGCUGCUUCCCCGGGCGCAGCGUGGUGCGGACGCCCGACGGCCCCCGGCCGCUGUCCGAGCUGCGCGUCGGCGACUCGGUGCUGGCCAGGGACGCGUCCACGGGCGGCCUCGUGUUCAGCGAGGUGCUCAUGUUCAUCGACCGGGACCCCGAGGAGCGGCGCCAGUUCCUGCGCGUGCGCACGGCCGGCAACCGCACGCUCACGCUCACGCCCACGCACCUGGUGCCCGUCGUGCGGCAGCGCCAGCGGCAGAGGCCGGAGGACACGAACCGCGUGGAGGACGCCGUCAAGGACGCCGCCACCAAGGACGACGUCGAGGUGGUGACGGAGUUCGCGGAGCGCGUGCGGCCGGGCGACCGCGUGCUCGUGCCGGGCGCCACGCGGCACGACCGGCUGGAGGGCGACGACCGCGACGACGCCGUGCUGGACGCGGUGGUGGACGUCCAGCUGGUGCUGGAGAGGGGCGUGUUCGCGCCGCUCACGCGCGCCGGCACGGUCGUGGUGGACGACGUGGUGGCCUCGUGCUACGCCGUGGUGGACUCGCAGCGGCUCGCACACUGGGCCUUCGGGCCGCUCCGGGUGUGGUUCAACCUCAAGGAGGCCGUGCAGAGGCUAGGCAGGGCGAUGGCCUUGUCCGGCAAGGCCGCCAAACCGCCGCCCCCGCAGCAGGGCAUCCACUGGUACGCCGACGCCCUGUACUCGUUGGCCAGGACCACGCUGCCCAGCAGUUGGCUGCACCAGUGACCGCGCACCGCGACGCCACGCCGCAACGCGCACCAGUGAUAUGCAAAGCUGUACAAUCUUUAAGUAGGUUUUUAUGUUGUUAAUUUGUGACGUCGAAGCGAGGGGGCUCGGGGCCUGGGCCCUGGGCCUGCCCGCGGCCAGGGCGUGCCGGGCGUGCCGACCACACUGCCAGUCCGGCGGUUAGCGUCCGCUAACGUGCUGGAUCUGCGUGACGUCGGCGCGGCGCGGCACGCACUGGUCGUGGCGGAGCAGCGGAGCAGGGCAGGCACCCGGAUGCCGACGACUGACCAAAAAACCACGCGCCUCUAGGGCGCACAACCACAGGUUACCAUGUCGACUAUAAGAUAGUUAAAUUAUGGUGUUUUACGUACCGGUACUCUUUUAAUUUAUAUUAGAUUUGUUUUGUUUUGUUUUCGAGUGAAAACAACUUUGUUCAUAUUGUGAAAAAGAUAACUUAUUUAUUUCUAUGUGAUUUCGAAAAAAAAAUGUUUGUAAUUAUUAUUUAUUGGAUUGGUUUUUGGCGACGAUGACGCCGAAGGCGGGGUGGGAGCCUUUGCGCGUGGUGUGGAAUUGAGGACAAGAAUUACUCAAGGGAAGCGCAGUACUGUAUAUGUUGGACACAGUGAGGCGUUUACCUGUUUAGGCUGAUUCUGUUUUUAGAAAUGUGUCCUUAAAAUAAGUGAGAUCUCCAAAGCUAUGUGUGCUGCCCAAAUGUUGUUUCCUAUGUUGUAAUGCUCAUUAGAAUUCUUCUUUUUAAGCAAUUGUUUAUAUUUUAAAAAGAGAUGAAUUCUAAUGCACUGUUUUUAUCUCACUUUUUGCGCAACUUGUAAUCGGCCUUUAAUUUACCACUAGGGGUCAAUCGAUGAGACAAGAUUACUAUUUUUAGCAAAGAUUUGUAGAGUGUUAAACAACUUUAGCAUCAUUGUUGAAGUUUAUUGAAUAAUAGUCAUUCUUUAGUCAUUUACAAAUAGAGCCAUUUUUGUAUUUAUGUAUUAUGUAUCAUUGUAAAAAAAUAUGUACAUUGUAAUUUAAUGAAAGAUGAUAUCUUACCCAGAAAGUGAUAGAGAAGACUUAAAAUGUACAUUUAAAAAGCAAAUUUUGUUAAAUUUGUAAGUAAAAUUUGUAUGUAAAAAUGAUUGGACUCAGCAGAAAGACCUAAAGUUAGUCCUGGCUGAAGAUUUGUUAAUGUUAUCCUUUUCAUCAAAGUCCUGUAUAUUUGGGUAUUUAAAGGUCUGAAGUGUAUUGUGCACAAAUGUGCCAUGUGGUAUACCUGCUUUGUAAAGUAACAAAUGUUAAAUGUAUUUUCCAUCUACAUAUAUAUCUAUUAUCUCCAUGAGAAUUGAAUCACCCCAAAUUAAUAAUAAAACAAAAUAAUUGCCAUAUUACA